AAAUGUCACCAACCUAGCUUCACACUCACUGUCAUCUUUUCGUGUCUUAUCAUUUACUGUUUUUCUCCAAAGAUAAGUCAAUAUGGCUUUCCAGUGUCAGAGGGACUGCUACAUGAAAGAGUUUGUCACAACUGUAGCUUCCUGCUCCCCAUCGGAGCUCAAACGGGAAAUCGGUGGAAAGAAAGAAAACGUGAGUGGAUUCACUGUGAAGCUGCAAGAUACCAUCUUAUUUCCUGAGGGAGGCGGCCAGCCAGAUGACUAUGGGCUGAUAACGGACAUCCCUGUUUUGAGGGUGACCAGACAAGGACAAGAUGCCGCUCACUUUGUGACCUCGCCCCUGGAGGUGGGUCAGGAGGUGCAAGUGAUGGUAGACUGGGAGAGGAGGUUUGACCACAUGCAACAACACUCAGGACAACAUCUCAUCUCAGCCUUGGCAGAAACCAUGUUUGGCUACAUGACCACAUCUUGGGAGCUGGGGCGUCAGAGAAGCAACAUUGAACUGAACACUCCGGUUGUUCAAGCAGCCCAAAUCCGAGCGCUGGAGGAAGCUGCCAAUGAGAAGAUCAGAGCUCACAUCCCAGUCAAUGUUAAGCUACUUUAUAAAGACAGCCCUGAAAUGGAAAAGGUGAGGACUCAAGGACUCCCGGACGACCACACGUGGCCAAUUCGAGUAGUUGACAUCGAGGGAGUCGACGCCAACAUGUGUUGCGGAACGCACGUGUCCAACCUCAGUCACUUGCAGGUAAUUAAACUCCUGGGGACAGAGAAAGGGAAGAAAAACAAAACCAAUUUGAUAUUCUUGGUGGGAAAUAGGGUGCUGAAAUAUGCUGAGAAAAGCUACAGCACCGAGCGCUCUUUGGUGGCUCUUCUCAAAACUGGCCCUGAUGAACACGUUGACGCUGUGGACAAGUUGCAGAAGUCACUGAAGCUUGUGCAGAAAACCAACUUGAGCUUACUUCGGGACAUGGCCAUCAUCGUCACUCACAAUUUUAAGAAUGACCCGCACAGAGGGAAUUUCUUCACUUUGCACAAAAAAGAAGGCGAUAAUGAGUUCAUGAACAUCAUUGCCAAUGAAAUAGACACUCAGGAAACUUUGGUUUUCCUGACUGUAGGAGAGGAAAAGGGACCAGGUUUGUUUCUGCUGGCUGGACCCAGCGAGCAAGUGGCACAAAUGGGACCACGGUUGUUGGAGCUGCUUCAAGGGAAGGGAGCCGGAAAAAAUGGCCGUUUCCAAGGCAAAGCCAACAGCCUGGCCCGAAGAGCCGAGGCGGAAGCUUUAUUGCAACAACACUGCAAGCAGCAGAACUCACAAGAAGAAUAAAUCCAAUUUAAUCGUUUAUUUACAACAGUAAUACAAAGAAAACAUUUGCGGCAAUAUGUAAAAAUUUAGUUUGUAGCUGAUUAAGCUAGUAGCACAAUGUU